UUUUCCUUUACGAGGCUUCAAAAGUUGCAUGCAAAUUGAGAAGUGAUGAGAUUCCAUCCAUUUUGUCCCCUUGAUAUACCAUAUCCCAUGAGGCACUUUCAGAGCUUGUUCUAUGUGAGAUAUUUGCCGCCGGUGGCCGGAUCCAUGUCGUCGCAGGCAGUGAAGUUGCGUGUCGACGACAAUUAUGUUGUGAUGGACAAUGGUAUACUUGAAGUGUAUUUAUCCAAAAAGGGUGGAUUUAUCAGUGCAAUACAAUAUAAUGGUGUUGAUAAUUUGCUUGAAGUUCUUAAUGAAGCACAUGAUAGAGGGUAUUGGGACAUUGUUUGGAAUGAAGCAGAUAGCACAGGAACAACCGGGAUAUAUGAAAGGGUCGUGGGGACAAGUUAUAAAGUUAUAGUGCAAAAUGAUGAACAAUUGGAGAUUUCAUUUACCAAAACAUGGGAUCGAUCAUCCAUGGAGGAAAAGCAGUCUCCUCUAAAUAUUGACAUUAGAUAUGUGAUGCUACGCAAUUCCUGUGGCUUGUAUUGUUAUAGCAUCUUUGAACACCGAAAAGAAUGGCCUGCUUUCAACGUACCUCAAAUCAGAAUGGUCUUUAAGCUUCGAAAAGAAAAGUAUNNNUAUAUGGCUAUAGCGGAUAAUAAGCAAAGGCUAAUGCCUGUUCCAGAUGACCGGUUACCAACAAGAGGAAGAACACUUGUUCCCCCUGAAGCUGUAUUGCUUGUUGAUCCUAUUGAACCACACUUCAAGGGAGAGGUGGAUGACAAGUAUCAAUACUCAAGCAAUAACAAAGAUAUUAAGGUGCAUGGAUGGAUCAGCUCCAAAUCUGAAACUAAUCCUGCAAUGGGGUUUUGGGUAAUUAUACCUACCAAUGAGUUCCAAUCAGGUGGCCCUCUUAAACAGAACCUCACCUCUCAUGUUGGACCUAUUAGUCUUGCAAUGUUUCUGAGUUCUCAUUACGCAGGAGAGGAUGUUGUUAUGAGAGUCCAAAGAAAUGAGUCAUGGAAAAAGGUUUUUGGGCCAAUCUUUAUUUAUCUCAACACUUCAUCAGAAAACCAAGUCCAACCAUCACUAUGGAAGGAUGCCAAAGACCAGAUGAGCAAAGAAGUUCAAAGCUGGCCCUAUGAUUUUCCAGCUUCAGGGGAUUUUCAUAAGUCCCACCAACGAGGCAGUGUUUAUGGCACAUUAAAAGUCCAAGACAGGUUCAUAAGUGAUCACCAGAUAUUGGCAGAAGGUGCAUAUAUUGGUCUGGCACCACCAGGAGAACCUGGAUCCUGGCAAACAGAAUGCAAGGGAUAUCAAUUUUGGACUCAAACCAAUAAAAGAGGCUUUUUCUCUAUCAACAAUAUACACAGUGGGAAUUACAAUCUCUAUGCUUGGAUCCCUGGUUUCAUUGGAGAUUAUUGUAACAAUGUUGUCCUCACCAUCAAGCCAGGUAAUAAAGUAAAUGUCGGUGAGAUUGUAUAUGAAGCCCCAAGAAAUGGACCAACAUUAUGGGAAAUAGGCAUUCCCGAUCGCACUGCAGCUGAAUUUUAUGUUCCUGAUCCUAAUCCAAAUUACAUUAACACACUUUAUCUCAAUCAUCCAGAUAGGUUUAGGCAGCAUGGAUUAUGGGAAAGAUAUGCAGAUUUAUAUCCAAAUGAAGAUUUGAUUUACACAGUUGGACAUAGUGAUUAUACAAAACAUUGGUUCUUUGCCCAUGUUACCAGGAAGAGAGAUGAUGGCACUUUCCAUGGAACAACAUGGCAAAUUAAGUUCAAGCUUCAUAAUGUUCAGAAAAAUGGAACUUAUAAACUGCGACUAGCACUUGCAGCCGUUAAUUUCUCCCAAUUACAGGUUAGAGUGAAUAAUCCAAAAGAAGAUCCACCAAUGUUUACAAGUGGGUUGAUUGGGAAGGACAACGCCAUAGCUAGACAUGGAAUUCAUGGACUCUAUAGACUAUACAACAUUGAUGUGUCAUCUCAUUUACUAGUCAAAGAUGAUAACAUUAUAUAUCUUACACAAACUAUAGCUAAUGGUCCCUUUCAAGGCAUAAUGUAUGAUUAUAUUCGUUUGGAAGCUCCUCCUUCUCAUAAAUAAAGAAUGUUAAUUUCAUA